GAGCGGGCAGUGCCGCGCCCGCCGCCGCGCGGACCGCGCCGCUGGACGCGCCAGCCAUGAACGUGCAGACGCUCGAGACUCUGACGCUGAAGCGCGAGAUGGUGCUGGCCAUCCAGUCGUCGUGGAGCGACUUCGUCCACACUGCGGGCUCGAAGCAGGCGGCGGGCGAGGUGGUCUUCGGCGCCCUGUUCGAGGCCGCGCCCGCGAUGCAGAAGAUGUUCGGGCCCAUGUCGGUGCACGCGGUGAGAUUUGCUGCUGGUCUGGACAGCCUUGCGGCCGCUGCUGGUAAGCCAGCUGAGCUGAAGGAGUCGGUGGAGGCCAUGGGCUUCGUGCACAUGUCCUUGGACAUUACGGUUGACAAGGCAGAGGUGUUCCGAGAGGCCCUGCUGAGCGCCAUGAGGUCGGAGCUCCAAGAGCGCUUCAGCCCGCAGGCUGCGCUCGGGUGGCACAUGCUCUUCAAUUACUCCUCCGGAGCCAUCGUGUACACGAGCGGCACCGGGCCGCCCGCGGGCGCCGGCGAGCGGCUGCCCCUGCAGGGGCCGCCCGCGCCCCGCCAGCUCGAGCGUCCUGAGCGCAAGCAACCCGCCAGCCAUUUCUUGGGCGCGAGUCUCUGCCUCCGCGAGAUCACCUCUGGCAGGGUCCGCUCAUGGAUGCGCGAUGCGUCCCACGACAAGUGCGUGGCGAUGCUGGACGAGCAACUGGCGCCUAACCGUCUCGUCCCAGCGGAGGCGAGCAAGCUCGAAGGUAUCCUCGAUGUCGCUGCUCAUGCAGCGUUCGGCGAGCUCUGUCGGCCAGCCUUUGCUCCGUUCUAG